UUAAGCCCGGGUGCGCGACACAGAGCAGGCAUUCAUAGAUGGGCAGCGCGAGCGAGGGGGCUAGGGAUUGAGCGCGAGCGUCACUUUGGAAACUCGGGAACACACGGACUCUCGUGCUAAGCGGGCGACCUCAUUUUUCAUUACUGAAUAUUUAGCUAAAGGACUACAAUUUCAAAGACUGCAAGGGAGAGGACACUGUUCUACUGGAGCAAGAGGUGGGAAUCAACAGGUAAACUGGGAUCCACAAUACGCGCUCAGCGUAAGAUACCAGCAACACGGAUGGAAAGAACUUUGAUGAGGAAUCCUAACAGAAUUUUAGAACGUAGACUGAGAGUUGAGACUGACUGGGAGUUUAUAUAAAGGAGACCUCGAGUGACAGAAGCAAUCCUUUAGUUUUAAACAGGAAUAGUUUAUAUUCCUGAAAAAGGUUGAACUUCUUCAUUAGUUCAGACAUAGGGAUAGGGCUAGGCUUAGUAGUUGAACACCCAUAGGCCAAGAAACUAUACCCUGUACACUUUCUGUUACUCACCUGAGGGAGGAAGCUUUCUUGGAAGAGGGGAAAGAUGUCGGGAGAGGAGCAGAGUUUAUCUGAGUUAGAAAUGAGUCCGGGGGUCUCGGACGACGGUCACUCCUUGUCACCGGGUCACUCAUCCAGUGCCGCAGGCGGAGGAGACUCACCCCUGUCCGGUCCGCAGCCCCAGCUGACAGGGGUCGGCGACGACGCCCUAUCCGAUGUAGCUGGCGGGAUUUCCAUCAAGUCCGAUGAAGACGACGAUCGCUUUCCCAUUGGUAUCCGCGAGGCAGUGAGCCAGGUGCUGAACGGCUACGACUGGACACUCGUACCUAUGCCUGUGCGCGUAAACUCCGGCAGCAAAAGCAAGCCGCACGUGAAAAGGCCUAUGAACGCCUUCAUGGUGUGGGCACAGGCUGCACGGAGAAAACUGGCAGACCAGUAUCCCCACCUCCACAACGCUGAACUCAGCAAAACCCUCGGGAAACUAUGGAGGCUCUUGAAUGAGAGUGAUAAGAAGCCUUUCAUCGAGGAGGCGGAGAGGCUGAGGAAGCAGCACAAGAAGGACUACCCGGAGUACAAGUACCAGCCACGCCGCCGCAAGAACGGCAAACCCGGCUCCGGCUCUGAAGCUGACGGCCACUCGGAGGGUGAGGUCAGCCAUUCACAUUACAAGAGCCUCCACCUGGACGUGGCGGCCCACGUCGGGGGGGCGGGGUCUCCUCUGGCUGAUGGACACCACCYACAUACUGCAGGCCAGAGCCACAGCCCUCCUACACCACCCACCACCCCCAAGACGGAGCUCCAGUCUGGGAAGUCGGGCGAUGGGAAGCGGGAGGGYGGUGGAGCAGGKGGMUCCCGUGGGGGAAUGGGGGUAGGAGCGGARGGUGGCUCUGGAUCAGGGUCAGGCAAACCACACAUUGAUUUCGGCAACGUGGACAUCGGUGAGAUCAGCCACGAGGUGAUGGCCAACAUGGAGCCMUUUGAUGUGAACGAGUUUGACCAGUACCUGCCCCCCAAUGGGCACCCGGGGAUUGGACAGAGUGCUGGGUCAGCGGCAGCAGCAGGGUCCUCUGCAUCUCCCUAUGCCUACGGUAUCUCCUCUGCCCUGGCCGUGGCCAGUGGACACUCUGCGGCGUGGCUAUCCAAGCAGCACCAGCAGCAUCAUGCCUCACCUCUGGGCUCCGACCCCUCCAAGGCCCAGAUUAAGAGUGAGGCCGGCUCGGGGGGACACUUUGCCGAAGCAUCCUCAGGGGGUUCCCAUGUCACCUACACUCCCCUCAGCCUGCCCCACUACAGCUCUGCUUUCCCCUCACUGGCCUCCAGGGCCCAGUUUGCAGAGUAUGCUGACCACCAGGCCUCGGGAUCCUACUACGCCCACUCCAGCCAGGCCUCGGGGCUGUACUCUGCCUUCUCCUACAUGGGGCCCUCGCAGAGGCCCCUGUAUACAGCCAUCACUGACCCGUCCAGCGUGCCACAGUCACACAGCCCCACGCACUGGGAGCAGCCGGUCUACACCACCCUGUCGCGGCCCUGACAAAGACCGGGAGCAGAGGGCUCUGGUGCAGAUUUGGCCCCAACGGCAGACCCACAGAGCGGAGGAGACCUGGGUUGGAGGCAGUGGGGAGAUG